AUGGAGGUGAACACUGUGUCCCCUCUUUUCACCUCAUUGACUGACGGAGGGAAUGGGGCUGUCCUCUGGCUCCUCCACAUUCAUGGCAUCACCGACUUCUUCAUCUUCAACCAGGCUUUCACUGACUUCCUCUUCCUCGUCUUCACAGUGCCCUCCUCCCUGCUCUUCCUGCUGGAGGAAGUGUCCUGCUCUGCUAUAAUGCCCCAGAUGUAUUUGAGCUUGCUUUUCCACCUGUCGCUCUUCUCCUACAACAUGGGGCUGUACCGGCUGAUGUUCAUCAGUAUCGACAGGUGCAGGUCCAUCCUCUGCCUGUUUUUCUGUGGUUGCCAACUUCCUGACCGCCUGUUGUGGGUGUUGAUGAGUGUCCUGUUCUGGGCCUUCUUCUUUGUUGUCAUCGUUGUCAUUCCCACCAUGACCGUCCUGUUCUGGGCCUUCUUCUUUGUUGUCAUAGUUUUCAAUCCCACCGUGACUUCCCUGUGCCAGUCACACCAGCAGGAGCACUGCCGAGUGCCUCUCCUCUCCAUGUACGUCCUCAACCUCUUCCUAUUUGCUGCACCCAUGGUCAUUUCCAGCACAAUCCUCUUCAUUCAUUUCAUGCCUGGCUCCCAGCAGCAGCAACACAAGCGGCUCGACAUCGUUAUCUUCCUCGUUGCACUCUCCAGUCUGCCCCUCAGUCUCUGGUAUUUCCUGCAGCAGUUUGGUUACACAGUUGUGUCCACCCAGGUGGUUUUCCUACUCGCCUGCAUCAACAGCAGCAUCAAACCCUUCAUCUACUUCUGGGUGGGGAGCUGGAGGAGAGAUUACUCCAUGGAGAGCUGCAGGAGCCACUGCUCCAUGAAAGAUUACUCCAUGGAGAGCUGCAGGAGCCACUGCUCCAUGAAGUCCCUAAGGGUAGCUCUCCACAGGGUGUUUGAGGAGCCAAAAGAAAACCCUGCCUGCAGUGGUGCUGCCACCACAGACACAGCGGUGUGA